AUGCCUUUCUCUGAGGAAUAUGCUAAAUUUACUCAAGCUAUGAAAUUUAUCGAUAGUUUAGAAUCGUUCUUUACUAAUCUUUACAAAAAUGAAUCAUGCCUUACUCUUGAACGAGACUAUUCAUAUUUCCAAUACUUACUAUUCAGCAAGACCGCCUAUAAUCCUUUAGAUACUUAUGAUUCUGCUACUUUGGAAAGAUUUUUCUUGGAUUGUAGGAUAUUUGAGUUUUUAGACAAAAUGUUCUUUUCUGAGUCUUUAAUAGGAAUUUAUUUUAACCCCAUUCUUUAUGGGUAUACUCUUCUUUACAAAUCGUUUGAAAUUGAAGAAAAGUUUAAAGUAGAACAUAGACAGACUGCAUUAAAAUUAAGAAAGGAACCUAGGUUUUAUGAUGAAAGCAUUCAUGAAUUUGUUGACAGGUUUUUAUAUGCUCCUGUUUUAAAAAUAGCUAAAGUAGAUUUUGAUUUUCCAGGAUGUAUCGGUGAUCAUUCGUUACUAACGUCAUCAACUUCAUCUUUAUUGACUUCGUUGUUGAGUAACUGUAAUAUUGACAUUAGUAAUAAUGUUUGUGAAUGCUUUAGAUGGAAAUUGCUUAUCGAUUCGCUCAGUAAAAAUACUUCUAUUAGAACCACCAUUAUGGACACUUUGAAUAGUCACAUUACAAUCAACAGUCGAAUUGUAAUUUCCGAUGUUAUGAGUCGCUAUCUAAAUAGAAAUGUCAGUGAACCUUUUAAUAUAUCAGAAAUAUGCCUAUCUAAGCUUAUUUGUAGUGUUAUUUCCAAUUUAAACAGCCAGAAGUAUGAUAUUAAUGCUACUAGUAUAAUAUUGAAACUGUGUGUCUAUAGUAUUGAAUACCCUGUUCCAUCUUAUCUUUAUUUUGCUUUUAAAUUCAGUAAUGUGUUUGAAGAAUCAGAGCAGUUAGAAAAUGGGACAGGAUUACACAGUGGACACGGAGAGAAGCAUAUAAAAGAUGAAGAUAUUGCGAAAGAUGAUAUUAAUGAUGAUUAUAAUAAUGAAGAAGAUACGAGUGUUAAAAGUGAUGGCAUUGAAAUGAGUAAUGAAGGAGAAUUUUAUAGUGUUAGUAAUGAAAGUGAAGGUGAGAGUGGAAUAGAUAAUAUUGAAGAUGAUAACAAAGAUGUUAUUGAAGAAGCCAACGAUGAUAAUAGUGAAAAUGAUCGGGGUAAUGAUGAGGAUAACAUCGAUAGUACUAAUAAUACUAGUGAAAGCAGUAAUGAAAGCAUUGAUAGUAGUAUUAAUGAUGAUAAUAUUGAUGAUAGUGAUAAUGUAGCAAAUGAACUGGUUGUUAAUAAACUUGAUUACCAGUGGAAUGAAUCUACAUUAAAUAAAUCACAGACAUGCAUUUCAGCUGAUAAUUAUUCAAAAAAAGUAGCAGGUAGAAAUUUAAAUGGAAUGGAUCAGAAAGAUGUCCUGCAAGAGGGAGAGGGCGAUGAAUUGGUUGAAGGUGAAGAUUUGGCAGGAAAGGAAUGCUCUUCAGUUGAAAGAUCAGUUGUUUUUAAUAGGAAGUCACCAGACUGUGUCAAAUUGACUAAUUUACUUAAAGUAAUACUUGAGUCCAACAAGAAUAGUAAGUACAAAGGCGACUUUAAAACAGGAAAAAAGCUAAAUCUAAAAAGAAUUAUUCCUUACAUUGCUAGUGAUUACAGAAAAGAUAAGAUAUGGAUGAAGAGGGCAAAGAGUGAUAAAAAGGAAUAUAUUUUGCGUAUUUUUAUUGAUAAUUCAAAGAGUAUGAACGAUCAGCAUUUGGUGGAUGUCCUUUCUGAAGUAUAUUACAAAUUGGAUGCAUCCUUCUCGCUUUUGGACAUUCCAGUUCAAUUGUACAAGUUUGGAACUACUUUGAGAGAGUGUAAGAUUGAAGACCUUACCUUCGACGAAGAAAGCACCCUAAUAAACUGGACAGAUCAGUUUGAUGAUGGGAUUAACAUUAUUCUGACAGAUGGAAUAUUUCAAAAUGUAGGAUAUGCAAAGGAUAAUUUUCUUGUGGUGAUGAUUGACAGAGGGAAUGUAAAGACAAUGUCAAAAGUAAGUUUAAUAGAAAAUAGAGUAUUUAUUGAAAAAUAUUUAGAUUCGUUUGCACUAAAAUAUUGCAUUAUCCAGAACAUUGAUGAUCUUGAAAAGAUAUUUGUGGAAGCUUUAUCGAAUAUUAUUAGGAAUUUAUUUAAUUGA